AUGGCGAAGAAGGCCAAGCAACGCAUAUCCUAUGUUCUCCCCCUCGCCGGCUCUUCCACCACACAGGGCCACCGUCUAGGCGUCAAUGGCCUCGCCGUCGAUCCCAAAUCCUCCCUACUCUACUCCGGCGGUCGGGACGGUGUCAUCUGCGCUUGGGAUCUACACCUCGACCUGCAAACAAACGCAACCUCCGAAUACGACGCGAAACCCGCCGCCGAUGCCACCGCCACGACUUUCCGCCAGCAAGUGCAGGCGCAUACACACUGGAUCAAUGAUAUUGCUCUAGCUCAGAACAACCAGGCACUUGUAUCUGCGUCGUCGGAUAUCACGGUGAAGGUGUGGAGGCCUGCUGGGGAGGACAAACUACCGCCGCAGACGAUUGGACUACAUAGCGAUUAUGUCAAGACUCUGGCUGUGCCUUCUACGACAUGCGAUUGGGUCGCGAGUGGAGGCUUGGAUCGCAAGAUCUGUGUGUGGGAUCUGAAUGGUGCUGGGCAAAAGCUGAGCAUAGAUGUGGGCGAGGAUGAGGCUGGCUCCAUGCAGUCGAAAGAGAAGGGCAGUGUAUAUGCAUUGGCGGCGACGACAUCAUUAUUGGCGAGUGGAGGACCGGAGAAGACGGUCAGAGUUUGGGACAGUCGGACGGGACAGAGGACGACGAAACUGGUGGGACAUACGGACAAUGUGAGGGAUAUUCUGAUUAGUGAGGACGGCACCACGAUCAUGACCGCGAGUAGUGAUCGGACGGUCAAGGUGUGGAGUACGAUCGCUGGACGGUGUAUGUUCACGUUGACGAUGCACGACGCGAGCGUGUGGUCCUUGUUCUCCUCGGAUCCAGACCUGUCGGUGGUGUACUCAAGUGACAAGAACGGACUUGUGGCCAAGACGGACACCAGGAACACCAUUGAGCUAGACGAAGGGUUGUCUGUAGCAGUGUGUCAAGAGCAUGAGGGAGUGCACAAAGUGGUGGCAGCUGGAGACAGGAUCUGGACGGCCACAAGUCGACCAAGCAUCAACCGAUGGCGGGAUAUCUGCACCGACAAUGCGGAGAUCGACGUUCCGGAGAACUACAACACGCAUCGACGGAGCUCAGCGAAGAGAUAUUCGAUGGUUCAGACCGAGAAAUCAAACACAUCACCACUAGCGCAGACUACCUCCCUCACUGGCAACCACAUCGGCAAACGAAGAAUCCCUCUCAAACACAUGCUACGACUGAGCAAUACUGCGUUCUUCCCGGCGCCGAUGAUCGCUGACAGCGAGUCACUCUCGGCAAAACGAGCGACAUUAGACGCUCCAAUCUUCGAUGCCAUGGUUUUACAACCUGUGCGAGCACAGCCGGAAUACUCGGUCGAGGGUCAGAACGGAUUGAUCAAGCACGCAUUGUUGAACGACAGGAAGCGUGUGCUGACGAUGGACACCGCCGGAGAAGUCGUAAUGUGGGACCUACUAAAGUGCGUUCCGAUACGAUCAUACGGCAAGCGUCAUAUCGAGGAUGUCAAAGAUGAAGUGACAACAACGGCGACAGUGGCGAAUUGGUGUACUGUGGAUACGCGGACUGGUAGUGUCGCCGUGAUUCUGGAAGAGAACACCUGUUUUGAUGCGGAAAUGUAUGCGGAUGAACUGGAUCUGGACGAGGAUGCGGAAUUUAAGGAGGAUCAACGAGUGAACCUUGGAAAGUGGGUGCUGAGAUAUCUGUUUGAUGGUUUGAUUCAAGAAGAGAUUCGACGGGAUGAAGUCUUGCGGAACCAACUUAUCAACGCUCCUACGAAGCAGGCGCUUCAACGUGAAGGCGCCCCAUCGAGCAUCCAGAUACCGUCAGGAGGAACCAACGGAUGGCACGCUGGCUCGUCCGCCGCACAAUCCACGACAACACUGAAACCUGGUAUCAAUGGUUCUGCGGUUCCUGUAACGCCCGGCUGGAAUAUUGGUCUCGCAACGCCAGGAUCUGUCAACUCUCCCACGCAUACAAAGAUUAUUCCAACCACUUUGGCCUCGACGACCGAAGAGUCAGCACCAAAUGAUACGCUCCGCACUUCGACAUCUUCUCGAGACCGCACAUCCGCCGAUCGUGCUCCCGACUACUUCUCUACAUCCCGCAUCGCCUCGGCGGAGCUCACCACACCCGCCGCCACGUCUCAACCGGCCACCACUCCUGGGACAGAAGAUCCAUCGACGCCAACAGCCGACACGUAUAAUACUCCAACAACACCUGGCGGCAAAGAAGCCGGUCUCUUCGGCAAGAAGUUCCGAAUGGGCAACAUGGGCAUGUCGUCCUUCGCCUCAGGCAUGAAGAAAAUCACCCGCAUUCAGACUAAUGACUCCGCCGCCAAACCGACAGAAGAGCUCAAGUCUCCGACCGACACGGACAGCCACUCUCAGACUUCCCAAACUACCGAUCCUACUCCUAAUAACCUGCGUCCUGUUGACGAGUCUCUGAAUGGCACUUUGCAAAAGAUCCGAUAUGCCGAGUUACCGCGCCUCUUUCCACCGAAGGAGACGACGAUCUUGAUUCAAGAGGAUCGACCGGAGGCUGGUGGAGUCGCCGACCUAUUCGAAGGUACCGUUGGUCAGCUUCACGCCAUGGUCGAUGAUGUCGAGAAGGUAGCCCCAGGCUGGCUUGGAGAAGUCCUCCUCCGCGGAUUGGUAGGUGGGAAGGAAGUGGUAAAGAUAUCCUUUGUGCUCGAGUCCAUGGAAGUCGAGACGAAGGGUCGCAGUAAUCGACUUAAUGCUAAUCGAAUGUUGCGGGCGAGGAAGAUCGCAGGAUACGUGGCUGAGCGGAUUGACGGGUCGGUGGAUGGCGAGACGGAGGAGAAGUUGCGACCGGAGGAAUAUCUGGAACUUUGGUGCCAGGGACAGCUCGUCCCACCUACCAUGACUCUCGCCACAAUUCGAUCGCACAUCUGGCGCGGAGGUGGAGAUAUCGUGCUGGGUUAUAAGAGUAAUGGCAGGAAGAGGUUGAGGCAUGUGCCUGUGGUGAAGGGUAAUGGGAGCGCGAGUAGUCAGAUCGGCGGGAGUGAGAGUGGAGCGUAG